AUCAUUCUUAAUUCAGUUGUAUAACUUUGAUUAUUAAGAACUUUAGACGUCAGGUAUUAGUGUGCAUGUACCUUAGGUAAUUACCUCUCCUAAGCUUUAUUCGAGUAUAUCAGGUACAGGUACCUACAUGUAGACAGCACUCCACCUUACGACAUCAGCAAACAGAGAGAAAUCGCAACUUGGAAUAUAACAAUACUCCUUCACUUGCCUUAGUCCUUAUAAGUGUUUUUUAAUUUAACAAUUUCUGAGCAGAUAUGGGCCAUCUCGUAACAGUUGCGACAUGUUCGCUAAACCAGUGGGCCCUUGAUUGGGAGGGAAACACCCAACGUAUUAUCGAGAGCAUUCAAAAAGCGAAAGCUGCUGGUGCACGGCUGCGUGUUGGACCAGAGCUGGAAAUAUGCGGCUAUGGAUGUCUCGAUCACUUGAUGGAGCAGGAUCUCUACCUGCACUCUUUAGAGAUGCUGAAAAGAAUCCUACUUGAUGAAACAUGUCACGAUAUCCUACUAGAUAUUGGUAUGCCUAUCCAGCAUAGGAACCAGCGAUUCAACUGCCGAGUCAUAUGCCUCAACUCCAAGAUCCUAAUGAUCAGACCAAAGAUGUGGCUUGCAAACGACGGAAAUUACAGGGAGAUGAGGUUCUUCAUCCCGUGGAUGCACCCUCGGGAGGUCGAAGACUAUCAUCUCCCUCGGAUGCUUCAGGAGAUCCAAGGAGCCACCCAUGUACCGUUUGGUGAUGCCGUCAUCUCCACCCCUGAUACCUGCAUGGGCGCAGAGACUUGCGAGGAGCUUUUUACGCCCGCCGCGCCUCAUAUCCCCAUGAGCCUCGACGGUGUAGAGAUAAUCACAAAUUCUAGCGGUUCGCAUUUCGAGCUGCAAAAGCUCGAAACUCGGCUCCAACUUAUUAUGGAGGCUACCAGGAAGUGCGGGGGCGUCUAUCUUUAUGCUAAUCAACAGGGUUGUGAUGGUGACCGGUUAUACUACGAUGGCUCGGCUAUGAUCAUCGUGAAUGGAAACGUAGUAGCUCAGGGCUCACAAUUCAGUCUCAACGAUGUCGAGGUGGUGACAGCAACAGUGGACCUCGAUGAAGUCCGCGCCUACCGCUCGGCAAUCUCUCGAGGGUUACAAGCUGCUAGUUCCACCGCCAAGUAUAAGCGUAUUCAGACUGCAUUCGAGCUCAGCUCAGAACAGGAUGAUUUCGAUAUUGAAAAGUGCCCAUCGCCCCCAGUCAAGCUUCGAUAUCAUACUGUCGAAGAAGAGGUCGCACUGGCAGCAGGGUGCUACCUAUGGGAUUAUCUAAGGCGGUCCGGGGUCGCAGGGUAUCUUGUACCUCUAAGCGGAGGCAUCGAUUCUUGCGCUACGGCUACUAUCGUCUAUUCCAUGUGCCGUAUUGUGAUGGAGGCGAUCAAGGAAGGAAAUCCUCAAGUGAUCGAUGAUGUGAAACGCAUUGCCAAAUAUAAAGGCGAGAAUGUUCUACCUGAGACCCCCCAGGAACUCUGUAACCAGAUUUUCUCGACCAUCUAUAUGGGUAUGAAGGCACAGAGUUCCCACGAGACGCGACAAAGAGCGAAGGAUCUAGCAGAAGCUAUCGGCAGCUACCAUGUCAAUCUAGACAUUGAUGAUGCCUAUAACGCUCAGAAGGCUCUUCUCGCCAACACGCUAAACUUCGAACCGAAGUUCAAGGUGCAUGGUGGAAGCUACCAGGAGAACAUCACAUUGCAGUGUCUCCAAGCAAGAAUCCGCAUGGUCACAGCUUACGAAUUUGGGCAAAUCUUGCCGACGGCUCGAAACAGGCCGGGUGGUGGAAGCUUGCUCGUUCUCGGAAGCGCAAAUGUGGGAGAAUCUCUCCGUGGCUACCUGACAAAAUACGAUUGUUCAAGCGCCGACAUCAAUCCAAUUGGUUCCAUAGACAAGGCCGACCUAAAACGCUUCAUCGCCUGGGCUGAGAAGAACUUCGACUUGCCCUGCCUGCAUGAUUUCCUAACCGCUACGCCGACCGCGGAACUUGAGCCCUUAACAGAUACCUACGUCCAGAGCGACGAAGCGGACAUGGGAAUGACCUAUGCAGAACUGACGAUCUUCGGCAGACUGCGCAAGGAGAAUAAGCUAGGGCCCUUUGGCAUGUUCCAACGGCUUGUUCACGACUGGAGCGCCGACCGCGUCAAGGGGCCCGACGACGACGCCCCGGAGUACACGCCCGCCCAGGUGGCGGAGAAGGUCAAGCGCUUCUUCCAUUUCUACGCUAUCAACCGCCAUAAAAUGACGACCCUCACGCCCGCUUUGCACUGCAAUCCUUACUCCCCCGACGACAACAGAUUCGAUCUUCGACCGUUCCUGUACCCUCCCUUUUGGAAGUCGUGGUCCUUCAAGAAGAUCGAUCGGGAGCUGGAGAAGAUCGAGAAGCGGAUGGCGAAGAAAUAAGGGGGAGGGGGUUGGGGUUGUUUCUGUGGGAAGCAAAUGGAAAUGAAUGGCCUCGCUCUUGUAUGUAUGUAGGAGGUAUGUAGUAAGGUAUUCAAGGUACAUAGGUCUAAUACUACAUAGACGUAUUUUAGAAUAUGUAUUCCAUUCAAGCACG